AUGUUACCUUUUCAAGAUAUGUAUACAGAGUUAGCAUGGCGAUAUCUUUUAUAUAAAUAUGGUCAUUAUGAAGCUGUAAAACGUUUCUCAAAUCUUACAAGAUGUCUUUUUGCUGUAACUGGAGCCAUUGUUGAAGCACAUGAAUCACAAAAGUUUACAGAUAUAAUUGAUUCAAUUAUUGAACAGACUGAACAAAAACUUAGUUAUUAA